GUCCGUGAAACCGACUCAUGCCGCCGCGACUUCGAAGUCGCAAGCGCAAGCCGCACAUGGGCAUUCGCCUCGAUGCUCUGCCUCCCUCCCCGACGAUCGCACGCGCCCAGGACCUUCUCGCCAUGUCCUUGGACCUCGCCUACAAGGAGCUGCCGCCCGAGCUGCUGCGCGGCACUGACGUCGACCUCUCAAUGUGGACGCUUAUCGCAUUCGACUCGUGCAUGGCGCGGCUCGCGGCACUGCAAUCGCCGCUGUCCAACCAGUUGCCCGAGAGUCCGUCCUCGAAAACACCUCAGCGGCGCGAUAUGAAACUCAAUUUGCGAAAUGGCGAGCAUAUUACAGAUGCGGGUGUGCUCUGCGUCUUGCGGACCAUGGGUCCUCUCCUGCAGUCGCUGGUGCUGAGUCGCUGUCCCCAACUCACGGAUGGUCUCGUGCGCGCCGUCGCGGGCGCGUGCACGUACUUGCGACGCUUGGAUCUGAGCCACAUGAUGACGUUGGAAGGCGCGGGUGUCGCGGCCAUCGGCGACGGCUGCGCCUAUCUCGAAGACCUUAGCUUGAGCGGGUGCCGACAGCUCCCCGAGUAUGCACUCAUCAAAGUGACGCACGGUUGUCGACGGCUGCGAGCGUUGGAUGUCGCGCACUGCGUUCAUGCCACCGACGCGCUUUUGACCGCGCUCUCUCAGCACUGUCCCCGCUUGCACUGUCUCAAUCUCAACGGCUGUAAAGAGGUAUCGGACCAGGGCUUGCACGCCGUCGCGAACGCCUGCUUGGACCUUACCCGAUUGGAGCUGCAACGCUCCGAGUUUUUGUACAAGAUCACCGACAUGUGUCUUCUCUCGCUCUCCGAGCACUGCAAAGUCCUCCAAUAUCUCGAUGUGUCGGGCUGCGACCACAUUACGGAUGCAGGCUUGAGCUGGCUCGGACUGGGCUGCGCAGCGCUCACGCAUGUCGACAUAUCGGGCUGCAGCAAGCUCACCGACUACGCACUACGCGCGCUCGCCGAAGGGUGCUUGCAACUGACGACACUCGACAUUUCGCUCUGCGUGCGCAUGACGGAUGUUGGCUUGCACCUUAUCUCGCUCGGGUGCCACGAGCUCAGCACCCUUCGCAUGAAGGGCCUCGUCUUGGCGUCUGCUGGGACCGCGCAGGCCGAGCCGCAUGGUCUGGCGGCGCUCGGGCUUCGGUGCACGCAGCUGCAGCACAUCGACUUGACCAAGUGCCCACGUGUUGACGAUGUACGAUAUCGCUUGAUCUGCCUCCGCUGCCACCACCUCUUGACGCUCACCCUCACGCAGUGCACCAAGAUUUCGAGCGACGGCGUGAGUGUGCUGGCCGCGCACUGCGUCAAACUGACGGUAAUGGUGUUGAACGAGUGUGCGCUCCUCGAGACCCUCAAGCUGCGCAACUGCGACCGCAUUUCGAGUGGCGGACUCCAGCGGGUUUGCCACGGCUGCCACCUCCUCACGUCGCUCGACCUCACCGGCUGUGGUUUGGUGGAUGACAUGGGGCUCUUGGCGAUCUGCGACGGCCUUCUCAAGCUGCAGUACCUCUGGCUCGUCGGUCUCGGGCGCAUCACGAUGGUGGGCAUUUCCUGGCUCGCCGACCGCUGUACCCACCUCAUGCAUCUCGAUGUUUCGGUACGUUGCCACUCGGCGAUUUCCUUCAUGGCGCUCAAGCCGCUUCGGGCGGCGUGGAAGUAUGGUGCCUUGCGGGAGAUGGGUGGUCGUCGAGGACUCUUUCCGCAGCACCGCGCCAACGACAUGCUAUUCAUUGACGAGUACGGGCACUGCUGGAAGGCCGCCAUCAAGAUCCAAUGUCUCUACCGCUGCAAGGUGGCGCGCCGCGCGGCCGCUGCGCAGCGAGACGAUGCGCUCAUGCGCUGGGCCGCACGACGAAUACAAAGCGUCUUUCGUGGGCGGCAAGCGCGGCGGUAUGUGUGGGUGCGCCGCAUGCAGCUUCGCAAGCAGACGCAGGCCGCGACGCUCAUCCAGAGUACCUACCGCGCCAAGCGAGCCCGCGAAGAAGCGACGCGACGAAGGCACCGCGCCGAGGAAGCGUACAAGCUACGCAUGGUCGUUCGAAUCCAAACGAGUUGGCGGAGCUAUGUCGCGCGGCGGGAGCUGGCGACCUUGCGCCAACUGGCGCACGCACGGGCCGUCGCACGGGACACCGCCGCACGCGUUCUGCAGCACGCGCUGCGAUGCUUUACGUGGCGCCAGCGCUGCCGUGCCCACCACGAGGUUGUGCUAGCGCACCGUCGCAAGCAAGAUGCCGCAGCGCGCAAGCUGCAAACCAUCUACCGCGGGCGCGCGGCGCGGCACGUCGCGCGGCGAUUGCGACAAGACAUGGCCGCGUGCAUGGCCGAGCGAGACCGUGCAGCCACGCUGCUCCAGCGCGCACUGCGGCGGCGGCGCGAGCGCCGACUCUUCUUUCAGCGCGUGCAUCGCCGGGUGGCCGAGGCCGCCGCAGCGACGCGAGUCCAGCGACGCUUUCGCGCGCGCCGUGCGAUGCUGCAGCACCAAACGCUGCAGCUGCUGCUGCACAAGAAGGCACUCGCCCUCGCAGCACGCAAAGUGCAAAGUGCCUGGCGACGCAAACAAGGUCGCAUGGGCAUGCAGAUGCUCAAGUUUCUCAAAGAUGCCGCGUUUGAGGCGCGGUCUGCCGCCACGACAAAGCUCCAAACCAUCUACCGUGGUCGUCGCGCGCGACUGCACGCCGCACAGAUGCAAAGAGACGCCAUGCUCCGCCUCCUCGCCGAAGCAAAGAUGCAGCAUCAAUGUGCCACGCGCAUUCAAGCAGGCUGGCGGGGUAAGAAAGGGCGCGACCGGUCCAAGGCCGCGGUCCUGGCACGCAAGAAGCGCUGGAAGGAAGUACCCAACCCCGAGAACGGCACCAAGACCUACUACCACCAAGACACGGGCGAGAUCCGGCACCGUAUGCCCCAAGACAUGCUCGACCUCUUGCCGCGCCCCAAGUGCAACGACUGCGAUAUCGCGGACGCGGCCAACGAGUGCCAAGACUGCCAAGAGUUCUUUUGCAAAGCGUGCUGGGAGGCCAUCCAUGCGGGCGGGCGGCGCCGGCGACACGCCUUCCGCACCCUCUACGACUACUACGACAAGCGCAUCGACUAUGGCGACGGCGAGUUCCCAUCGCUGUGGCCGUCCGAGAUGGAGCAAGACGAGCUCGAUGGCUGGUUCCUUCGCGUCGGCGAGUACCGGACGCCAAAUGUGGUCCUUGGCGACUGGGAAAAGUACAUUGACCACGAGACAAAGCGCGAGUGGUACUUCAACGUGUCGACCAAAGUGAGCUCGUACGUGCCGCCGGACGCGUUCACAGCAUCGGCCGACGACAUUGCAAUGGCGUGGGUGCGCAAGGUCGACGUGACCAACAACGUCACAUACUAUCUCAACCAAAAGACGGGCCAGCGCACAUUUGACCGGCCGUCGGCGUUUGCCGAGCCGACUGCGGACGACGUCUCGAUCUACGCGCCAGUGCAGCUCGGCGAGUGGACGCAGUACUGGGACGAGGCCAACCAGGUGUACUACUACUUCAACAGCGUGACGCUCGAGUCGACGUACACGCCGCCGACGCUCGCAUAA